AUGGCAGUGAAUCGCAUCCCCGGUCAUAAUAUCUUCGUUGGAGGUAUAUUAUCUCUGAAGAACAAAGCUGCUCUCGAAAGGGAAAACAUUACUCAUGUUCUAUCUGUGCUACGUCUCGGUUCUGAUGAAAUAUUCUCAUCUUAUCAACAUCAUAAAAUUGAUGUCGAUGAUGUCGACUAUGAAAAUCUCCUGGAGCAUUUCCCAGCUGCCAUCAAAUUCAUUCAGUCGGGUCUAGAUGGCGGUGGCGGUGUUUUCGUACAUUGUGCGAUGGGCAAGUCCCGAUCUGCAACAAUUUGCAUUGCCUAUUUGCUCCACCAGCAGCGCGAUGAAGCUUCAUUUACACCGCAUGCCGCACUGGAACUUGUCCGAGAAGGACGACCACUUUGUGAGCCUAAUGAUGGUUUCAUGCAACAGUUAGAACUUUACCAUGAGAUGGGAUGUCCAGACGACGUCACAGAGCACCCAAUCUACCAAAGAUGGUUAUACCGUCGAGAGGUCGAGGAAAGUGUAGCAUGUGGCCGUGCCCCAGAAAUGGAGUCUGUGCGUUUUGAAGACGAUCAACCUUCAAUCCAGCAAGCUCAACCAACUCCUGAACGUGAAGUGGAGCUUAAGUGUCGCAAAUGCCGACGAGGAAUAGCAUCGAGCAAGUACAUCAUUUCACAUGAAGAGGAAAAGCGUGAGAACGCCAAGGCAAGAUCCAACGUAGAAUGCGCGCACAUCUUUUUACAUCCUAUGAAAUGGAUGCGCUCAAGCCUGUACCCAUCCGCUUCUGAUUCGAACCCGAACGCACAAUUUACCGGAGAUGCACCUUUGUCCGGGCGCUUAGCCUGCCCAAAUCCUACUUGUGGAGCUAAUAUCGGAAAAUUUGCAUGGCAAGGUAUGCAGUGCAGCUGCAAUAGCUGGGUCGUGCCCGCCAUCGGCCUGGCGAAAGCUCGUGUUGAUAUCAAACCCCUGGCAUCAGGCAACCUCCCCCCGGCCGCACUUGGUAUCCGUCUUCCCCCGGCGAUGCGGUCUACUGAACCUAAUCAGCCCGGUUCAGGGCGUGGAAACCUCUGA